GAUAUUGAAGUGUCUAUUAGCAAUGCUAAUUCAGGAGAAGGCUACAUAGGACUGUUUGUUCAAAUGCUUGGUCUAGACAAUAACCCUGUAGACAGGGAACAUGCUGUGAUGACACUUUGGAAAUAUUCAGAUGGGGGAAAGAAUUUUAUUGAUGUUAUUAUGAAGUUUCCAGGCUGUGUGAAACUUGUUCUCAGCCUUUUGAAAUCAGGUAAUUUUUCUACAUGUGAAGCAGCUGCAGGCCUUCUGCGGAACAUAUCAUCAGUUAACUUGUAUAGAGAUAUUAUAGCCGAAAGUGGAGUGAUUGAAGAAAUUGUCUGGCUGCUUCAUCAACCCUGUUUGACUAUAGGGGUAAAGGAGCAAAGUCUAUGUACAUUGUGGAAUUUAUCCAUUGAUGAGAAAACCAGGAUAAAGAUAGCACAUGGUGAUUUCUUACCACUCCUUGUUAAGUUCCUUGAUGAUGAAGAAAUCAAGGUAAAAGAGGCAGCAGGAGGUGUUUUGGCAAAUCUGUCAUUGAGCCCCUGUAAUCACAACAAUAUGGUAGAAGCUGGUGUAAUCCCAAAGCUGGCAAAUCUUUUCAAAAGCGAUGCUGAGGGUUUGAAAGUCAUCAGAAAAUCGGCAAAAACCGCAUUACUGGAAUUAUCUAAAGAUGAUUAUUACAGAGUUCUUAUUAUUGAGGAGGGUCUAAUACAGGUCCCUUUAAUUGGUGCUGCUGCCUACAAGUCUUUAAGAUCACAAUCUCAUUCUUGGCCUUCUUUACCUGAUGGAACAGACUUCGAACGGACUUCAUGCUCCUCAAGAUACGGUGCUACUGAAUUACUACUUGGACUUAGUGUUCGUGAAAAGAACAUCAACUUGGAAGAGGCAAAGAUAAAUGCCAUGGUUGGAAGAUCUCAGCAGCAGUUUCUUGCACGAAUUGGCGCUAUUGAGAGUGAUGAAAGAAGAUCAGAGUCUAAUUCAUCUUUUAAUCAAAGACAUACCCUUUUGCCUUGCAUUGAUGGUGUUGCUCGGUUAGUCUUGUUCCUUGGGCUUGAAGAUGUCUCAGCAAUCACUAGAGCUGCUCUCUCUAUUGCUGAUGGAGCAAUUAGUGAGCAUUUGAGGAUAUUAUUCAAGGAAGCUGGAGCGAUCCAACGUCUGGUUACGUUGCUUUCUCAUGAUGAUAAGUUAGUUCAAGAGGCAGUGGUUUAUGCCCUAGAUAGGCUUCUUCUAAGCUAUGAAGUGCUCCAAACUAUUGAAGCAGAAAGCAUUAUGCGUCCUCUUGUGGGCAUAAUCAGGCUUGCAAAUGCAUCUGAAAGCACACUAGAAAAGAUUGUAAAUAUAUUGCAUCGAGUUAUCAACCUAGGAGAAUGCAUGGAAGGAAAGAUCCAUGAGGAGGAAUUUUUCUCUGGGUCCAACAAAAGGGUCAAUUCUUCGUAUAGUUCUAUCAAUAAAGAUGUAAUUACGAGAGCAUCCAAGACUUCUUCAGUAUUUGAGUUGAUUUCAAGGGAAAGAGUUAUAGACUCUGAUGUUGUAAAAUAUCUCAUUAGAAUGUUAAAGACGUCAUCUCCAACUUUGCAGACAAAGAUUGCUUCCAUCUUUGAGUAUCUCACAAGUUUUAAACCAUAUGUGAUGAUGCUCACAAUUUCUGACAUUGAAUCAGGGCUUCAUGCUGUUUUUCAGAACCUACUGUCCAAUUGCGAGAAAGGGUUACACGGUUUCUCAGAUUACAACGUCCGUGCCCAGAAGAACUUGUUCCCAUGUGGUAGGAAGCGGGAGGCGACUGGAGUUGGCCGAAAGCAGCGAUGGUGUUAG